AUGUCGUCCCAACCCCUCCUCCAAAGUGCCCCCGGAAAGCGCAUUGCCCUUCCCACCCGUGUCGAGCCAAAGGUAUUUUUCGCCAACGAGAGAACUUUCCUCUCAUGGCUCAACUUCACUGUGAUUCUAGGCAGUCUCGCAAUCGGGCUGUUGAACUUUGGUGAUCGGGUCGGCCGCAUAAGUGCGGGACUAUUCACAUUUGUCGCGAUGGGUGCGAUGAUGUACGCGCUUGCGACGUUCCAUUGGAGAGCUGCGGCCAUCAGAAAACGAGGACAAGGCAGCUUUGAUGAUCGUUUUGGGCCAACUGUUUUGGCUAUCACUCUUCUCUGCGCCGUCGUUGUCAACUUUGUACUUAGAGUCUUCCUUUAA